AUGUCCUUCCCUUUGCCUCGAAGCCGGAGCAGCAACCCCUCAGUGUACUGGCCAAGGGACCUUCUUCCAACGGUCCUGCCACACGCACGAGUUCUGACGUAUGGAUACGACACCCGAAGCAGCGUCUACGAGAUGGCUUGGGAUUUCCUGGUGGAGUUGGAAGCCAACCGUCGCUCGGACGAUACGCGACCGCUUCUGUUUAUUGAAACACUACGGCGAUCAGCCAACUGCCAAUCUCGCCCUCUGUUCCGAUCCGUCUUCGAUUCCACAGUGGGGAUCAUCUUUUUUGGCACGCCUCAUGGCGGCGCCGAUCCUCGCGGAUUCCUGCAGCGUGUUGCGGAAAAGCUCAUCAAGGCUGCAGGCUUUCAAGUCAACGAACAGGUAGUCGCUACUCUUCUGCCGUCGAGUGAACGUCUUAGGGAACUGCGGGAUGAGUUUGGCCCAGUUGUCAGGAAGCAGAAUUGGACGAUCUACUCUUUUCAGGAGGCGAUCGGUAUCCAAUACUUGGGCGGCGAAAAGGUUGUCGAAGAUGCAUCAUCAUACCUUAACCUUCCCGAGGUGGAAACGACACAGCACAUCCAAAGGAACCACAUGGAUAUGUGUCGCUUUACGGGGUACGAUGACCCUGAGUUCAAGAAGGUAGCAGCCGCGGUCAGCCACAUCACAAACUCAGUGCGGCUCGAGCACGAAACACCGGUGAAGGUCCCGAUGACCGAGGUUCUCAGCAAGGAACAGCAACAGGCCCUGCUCGAUUCGCUCCGGUUCGACCAAGUCGACGCCCGCUGGAUGUCCAUCAAGACCGCCCACAGCAAAACCUGCAAGUGGCUUCUGAGGAAGCCAGAGUAUCUUGACUGGCUCGACCCGAAGAAACUCGCCGAUCACCAUGGAUUUCUGUGGUUAAAAGGAAAGCCUGGAACUGGGAAGUCUACGCUGAUGAAGUUCGCUCUUGCCAAUGCUCGAAGGUCCAUGAAGGACACAACCGUGAUCUCCUUCUUCUUCAAUGCGAGGGGGGUCGACUUGGAGAAAUCCACGGCUGGCAUGUACCGAUCCCUGCUGCUGCAGCUGCUCGAACGGGUGCCCCGUCUCCAGGAUGUCUUCGCCAUCCUCGGGUUCGCAAGCUGGAACGUCAGCAGUACGUACGCCUGGAGCAUCGAAACUUUGAAGGACCUGUUUCAACAGGCUGUCCAGUCGCUUGCAGAUUGCGCCGUGGCAUGUUUCAUUGAUGCCUUGGACGAAUGCGACCAAGCUGAGGUGCGGGAUAUGGUGGCCUUCUUUCAGCGUCUGGGUGACCUUGCGAUUCCCCUCGGAAUCAAAUUUCGGGUCCUGUUCUCGAGUCGGCACUACCCUUACAUCACGAUCUCGAAGGGGCUCGAGUUCAUCCUGGAAGGUCAGGAGGGUCACGACCAGGACAUUACCGACUACAUCAACAGUGAGCUGCGUAUUGGCCAGACUGCUCUCGCCGGGAGGAUACGGCAAGAUCUGCAAGAUAAGUCUGCCGGGGUCUUCAUGUGGGUGGUGCUUGUGGUAGGAAUCCUCAACCAGGAGCACGAUGAAGGUCGUGGGCCACACCAUCUUCAACGGACUCUCAAAACGAUACCUGCCGACCUCCAUGAAUUGUUCCGCGACAUUCUGACCCGCGAUCAAAGAAACAGACACGAACUCCUUCUGUGUAUCCAGUGGGUCCUCUUCGCCCGAAGGCCUCUCAAGCCAACCGAGCUCUACUUUGCCAUUCUCUCGGGGACGGAUCCCGCAGAUAUUUCGGCCUACGAUCCGCGUGAGCUGCCUCCGGAUACGAUCGAAAGGUUCGUUUUGAACUCGUCAAAGGGUCUCGCCGAGAUGACCAAAUCCAAGAUCCCCACAGUCCAGUUCAUCCACGAAUCGGUCAGAGACUUCCUCCUGAAGGAGAAAGGGCUGAGUGUCCUUUGGUCAGACCUUGGGACGACAUUCGAAGGCCAGAGUCAUGAUCUUUUGAAGCAGCACUGCGCCGCCUACAUCACGGCGACCGACAUCACUUCGCAUCUCGACAUUGCCGAUCCCUUGCCUAAAGCUUCCUCCGCGGAAGGCAAGGAACUCCGACAGAAGACGGCGGAAGUCUUUCCCUUCCUUCAGUAUGCUGUGGAGAUGGUCUUAUGGCAUGCCGACACAGCACAAGCCGCUGGAAUCUGCCAGGUCAAUUUCCUCCGCAACAUUUGCGCUACGUACGACAACCGCCGACACAAGUCAGCACCAAGCCUUCUCUAUCUUCUCGCAGAACAGAAUCUUCCUGCUUUAAUCCACAUUCACGACCAGAAUCAGCACGCCUUUGACAUCGAAGAUGAGCGGUACGGACCGCCAAUACUUGCAGCAUUGGCAUGCGGUAGUCACGAAGCAGUCACAGCCAUGCUGGAAGCCCUGGAACAAUAUCAUGGACGAAGCUGUCCGCGUGCCAUUGACGGGACCAUUAUCAAGCUUCUCCUUGACCACGGCGCUAAAGGAGACGCGACGGAUGCCACCGGCCGGACACUGCUUAGCCGGGCUGCCGCUAACGGCUACGAGGCAGUCGUGAGGCUUCUUCUUGAUCGGGGUGCCGCGAUCGAAGCAGCAGAUACGGAUGGCCUGACACCGCUUAGCUGGGCUGCAAGGCACGGAUACGAGUCAGUCUUGAGGCUUCUUCUUGAUCGAGGUGCCGCGAUCGAAGCAGCGGAUACGGAUGGCCUGACACCGCUUAGCUGGGCUGCAAGGCACGGAUACGAGUCAGUCUUGAGGCUUCUUCUUGAUCGAGGUGCCGCGAUAAACACAGCGGAUAAGAAUGGCCGGACACCACUUAGCUGGGCUGUCGAAGCCGCCUUGGGGGUCCAGGAAGCAGUUGUCAAGCUUCUUCUUGAUCGCGGAGCUACGAUGUAG